AAAUGACAGUUGUGACAAUUCCCAAUCUGACGUUAUAUCUAAAACACAAUACAAAAAGCUGAUGUUAUCUUUUUGCCACUUAAUGUUAUUUUAACGAAGAAGUUAUGAAAAGUCUCUCAUCAUAAAUGAAAUAUAGGUUACAUUUAAUACAAAACGUUGACAAUGGAUGUAGGAAUAUCUGAAUACAAUUUGGAAGAACAACCAACUGGGGAACGAUGGGAUCCACUUGGAGCCCCUAACGAAGAAAUAGACAGUGACUUUAAACAUUUUGAUGUUUAUGAUUUUGAACAUCAGGAUCACAAUGUACUGGAGAAAAUCAGAACUUUGGAAGAAGAACAAGAGCUACUUAAUUCGUCUUUAUUUGCAUUGACAACACAUUUUGCCCAGGUUCAAUUUCGUUUACGCCAAGUUGUAAAUUCUCCACAGGAAGACAGAGAAGACCUAUUGAAAUCCCUAGAAGAAUUUGCUUUCCGCGGUAUUCCAGAUGUGGGUCAUGUUAAAGAACGUAUGGAUGAGGCCAGUUUAGCAGAAGCUGUGAGAUUGAGGAGAACACAACAAAAAGAAUUAAUUGACAAACUUAAAAGCCAGUUACGAGAAUUAGAACAAUAUGCGUUUGAAAAUGGAGAAGCUGGCAUUCCUCAAGAUAUGUUGGUUGAGAGACAAAGAAUUAUUCUUAAUGAAUUAAAGACCAGAAUGAAUUUAGAACUUGAUGAACAGAGUUUUUACCAGAUGUCUCAAGCAGAUGUUUGUAAGCAAAUAAAUAUGGCUUUCGAUCAGCUUGUGAGUCCUUUGAAAGUAAAAGAACAUUUGGUGUCACAAUUAAAAACUCAAAUAGCUGAUUUAGAAAGAUUCAUUGGGUAUUUACAGACUGAUACAAAACAUUCCAAAUGUUCUUGCCAAUUUUCGUAUCAUUCCUUAAAACAACCAUACAAAGGAGAAACUACAAUUGGUCUUAUACAAAGAACUGCUACAAUUUUACAAAUGUUUGCUGUUUUACAAUUGGGAUGUAAGCCACAGCACUUCACCAAAAAUGAUUUGAAAAAUUCCAUGAAAAUCAAUCAUUGGGGUGACCUUAGGGCGAAGUUGGAAAUGGCUAUUGCAAGAGUUAAAGAACUGGCAGAACAAAGUGAAUUCAGAAAAGAUCAAGAUGGUGAUUACAGCAGUGAUUCUGAUUCACAAAGUGUAUUAUGUAAUGUAAAGUUAACUACAGCAGUACGUAAAUACUUAGCUUCCUGUAUAAGAGAUCUAAUGCAACAUGGUGCUUAUGCUCCUCACAGCAACAGCCUUGUUCCAUUGAUUGGUUGUUUCCCUAGAAGAAACUCAUUGAGUGGUACCCAGAUUCAUGCAUGGGAGAUCAUUCUAGAAUAUUAUAAGAUGAAGAAUGGGGAAAAAUUCAAUUCCACCCCAGCAAGAAAGCUUUCGCAAAGUUUUAAUUUGGAUAUAGCUGGCGCGUCACCAUUUUCGAAUAAACAGAAUAUGUUAUGUUGUAUUGGCAGUAUUAUAUCCACACAUACUCCCUACAAAAGAAGUCCAGACUCUCAUUUCAAAGCAUUUAUUUGUGCUGCCCUCAAUGCAAACAAACUUGUACCAUGGUUAACAUUGAUAUUUACUUGUAACCAUCUUACGAAAAUGUAUUAUCAGCCUUGGAGUUACCUAGCUAAGACAGGUUUCCAGGAUAGUCUAAGAAGUUUGGAUACCUUGUCAGGAUUUAAAUUCCAGUUACCAGUGGAUCUAGCCAUUAGACAGUUUCAAAAUAUCAAAGACGUGUUUACAUAAUGUUAUAUUAUCUCAUCCAUCUAGUCAUUCCGUACUUAUAGUUUAUGUAUGUAUUUCUGUGAUUUACUUGAUUUAAGCCAUUCCAGUUUUUGGAUAGUAACUAAUAAUCUCUCAUCAAUGGAAAUCUAGCUCUGCAUUUUCAAAUACCUUUAUAUAAAUAAAAUCUCUAGCUCUUUAUAUGUUUUCCUCUUACAUUUUUUUUUUAUCAAAGUUUAUCUAGUUGUUAGUUUUUUGUUUUUAAUCCUGGUUAUAUGCCUGGACGAAUAUUGAAUUAAGUCUCUUUUGAAGAAGUUAACGUCUAUACAGAUAUCUUUGAUGAGCUCAUAAUCUUUGUAGAAAAGCAUAAUCUAUCGCCUUGAUGCCUGCGCAUUUGAAGUAUCUAAUCCGAAAUUAAGAGUAUUCAAUGCUACUAUUUAAUUUGUAUGAAACUCCUCAUAUCAGCAGAUACUAACUGGCUUCAUCGUCACUUUAAAUUGCAGAAAAAAAUUUCAAGUUCAGCUUGGAUUGGAGAUUGAGAGAGGGAGAAGGCAUAUUGUAGUUUUGACGAGAUUAACUUAGAUCAAAACUAUAAUUGACAGACUAUGUUUUUUCUCUUUGUAAUUGCAACCAUCAGACUAAAAGCCAAUCGACGGCUGUAAUUUGUUAUCUAGAGAGGGACUAAAGAUGAUAAAUUUUUAGAACGUCAAGAACUUCAUAAAUUAUUUUGUAAUAUACAGAGAAUUUCAGGGGCUCAAGACAUAUAAGAGUUUUCUUUUUGAAACUGAACAUUCUAUUUGUACCAAUUAUUCUUAACAUUACAGUUCUUCUAGAAAAUAUCAAAAAACCUGAAAAGAUUUGAGUUAAUUAUUGGGCACUAGCAUGUUAUUAAUGGAAGGUUUUAUUAACUUGAAAUUAUAAUUUCAUUCUAUUUUUGUACAUAUUAAAUAGUUCUACAUCUA